AUGGUUUGUACUGAUGGUGAAAUGGAUCUGAAUGAUAAUGAUCAUUCUCUAAUUCUUGUAUAUAAAGAAAAGAUUAAAUCAGCAUAUAAAGACGAUGUGUUUUUUUAUGAUUCUGGAAAACAUAGAAGAUUUUAUAUUGGGGAUGAUAAAUAUAAACCAGAAAUCAAUUCAGAUAACUAUUAUGAAAGUGAUGAAAGUGAUGAUAAUGGUGGAGAUGGUAGUGAUGGUGCAGAUGAAUUGCUUGAUCUUUUAAAGAAUUUAUCUACUUCGGACAAGGAAAAGAAAACUGCUGAUUGA